AAAAGCAGAAGGCUAAACUUGGAAUGAAUUUUAAGAAACAUUUAUUCCCUCCUACACAGAGAAGAAAAACACGUUGAGUGCCGGUGAUACUUUUCCAAACAGCUGCCUCUUUGUUUUAUGAAUCCCUGUGCGAGACAACAGGUACAAAUAUUAAAAAUCCUGCUUUCACUGCUCUCUAUUUUGAACGUUAUUUUCACUUUAAUUAUUUCAAGAAUGUGCAUCUCACUCUGGAUCAACUCUCUUUUCCCAGUAUGAGUGAUAGAAACAGAUGCAGGGUUUUUCCUGGCUCAAAGUAAGCCUGUGGGGGUUGACUACAUACGUAAGCACAAGUGUUCUGCAUAAAGAUAUAGCAAAAGGUCUGUGUUACCUUAUUUAUGAGAAAUCUGCAAUUCCCGGUUAUUUCUAGGGAACUCAUGAACAAAAUGCUUGAUAUCACAUAACCAUGUGAUGAUGAAGGUUUGUGCUACACGCUUUAAUAAAUAGGAAAUACUAUUUAAUAUACUUCAUGUUAAAACAGUUAUUAAAUUAUGAUUUCUGUUCUGUAGUUUGACAACACAGUAUCCAAGCACCUAUCAAGAAACUGAAGGGUAAAAAAUACAAAUAUAAAGGAAAUUAUUUAUUUAUUAGUAUUACUAUUUAAUGUGCACGUUUUUCACUUCAGCUCAGUUGCAAACUUUUCACCUGGUGUAUGAGCUUCUCCCUGUAUAAAGUUCAUUAUUCAUUAUAUCUAGGAGGGACUACGUGCAUUUCAUAUUAGGGCUACUGCACAAAUACAUAUAUUUAUCAUAUAUUCUAGACUCUUGAUACGUUCACACCAGAUGAUCUCCUAAUGGCCUUGUAAAGGUGAAGCGAAUCAGAGUACAGGACAUCUGAAACUAAAGUUAAAUCAGCUGGGGGGGUUUUAAAAGGCUUGUUUAAUAUCACAUAUAAUAGUCAUGUGUUUAUAAGAUCUUGCCUUCUUUCUCCUUUACUUUGCAUUUUGCUUUGGUACCUGUGUGCUCUCCUCAUUUCUUCUAAGGCUCUUCAAUUUAAAAGGGAGUUCUUCCUUCCCACUGUUUCCAAGUUCUUCUAUUAGCGAACAUCUGUUUGUUGGGGUUUUCACAUAAAUAUUGUAAAGUCUUUACAUUACAAUAAGUUUCUUGAGACAACUACUUCUAGGCAGAUUUCUUGUAGGACAAGUAAUUUUUCCCCUUGUUGUCUCCUGACUGGCUCUGUAUAAGUAUGAUAUACCAGGCAGCUCUGCUCUAUUGAUCUGAUUAGUCAAAGUAAGCCUGUAAUGGACAGAUGGUUAAUAUGGUCCAAUAUUUUGCCAUAUAUAUUAUUUUAUUUUAUUUUUAGUGUCUGGCUUUUUUCCCCACACUGUUCCCAAAGAUAACUUCCCAGAUGGUUCUAUGUAAAAAACCAUCUGCGCGUCAGGUUAGACAAGAUGUCUCAUAUUUCACCCCAAAAAGUCUUUGCGAAAGUUGUUUGAAUUUCUCAUUGGGUAAAAUGAAUUUAAAAAGAGCCUCUUAAAAGGUUAAAAAUCCAAUCAAAUCCAAAACAAACAAAAAUAAGUCAAGCACAUUUUUGAGUUGACAAAGACUUUAAAUUGGACUGGACACAAAGUUAAUCAAUGAGUGAAAGGAGUGGAAUUAAGUUCCCUUUCAGUCGAUUCACUCGGUACAAAACAUAAGUAUGGGAUAUCACGCCCUCGCGUGUCCUGGCUGAAGAAACCUUUAUUCACGCCUUUAAGGCAGAUGACGUGUGAUGACACGUGCACGGCCCCGCCUGCACAUAUAGCCGCUGUCAUCACGGUCAUCCCUCAGUUCUUACGCGCUUCACCUUGCUGAGAACACCUCUGCUGAGUUGGGCUAGCUAGCUGCUGCUAGUUAGCUCCGUUGUCUGCCGACUUGAACUUAGCUUAACUGCCCCUGUUGGUGUUAGCCUCCACCACCCAGUUGGUGUGUAGGCUGCCCGCGGAGCGCUAAUUUCAAGUUUUUCCUCUGCAGCGUUUCGCUUUGCGUUUUGGAAUGGACUCCAAACCGAAGCGAGCAAAGCAGAAAUCUUCGGUUCGCCCCUGUCCUCAGGGAUGUGGUUUCUGUUUGCACGACAGCGACCAGCACGAUGCCUGCCCUGUCUGCCUGGGGAUCGUCCACGCUAGGAGAGCGUUGACGGAGCCCGAAGCCUGUGCGUUUUGUCGCCAGCUCCGGCGCUCGACCCUGGAAAGACGGGUGACGUUUGUGGAAAAAGUGCUGGGACGCUCGGCUAUCGCACGGUAUGACCCUUUCCUUUCCGAGUCUGGAGCCCCGGCUUCGUCCGAGUCCGAAGACGAGGAUUUUCCGGCCGAUGUCCCCGCAAUUAGCUGGGCUGACCACAUGGAAUAUGUUGACGGGUUAGCCGAUGACGAGCCGGAACCAUGCAGGAGCACUGACGGGCUUCAGCCUGGGUUGAAGCCCGCCAGCGCUCCCCAGGAAGACGAUGACGUGCUGGACAUCGGCCUGGACAUCCAUGGUUUGUCGGAGGAUGAGCAGGAGAGCUCAUUGUCGGCCCAAUGUGCCGCCGCUGCUGCGCCGGUCGGCCACGAUGACACCUCUCUUUUCUCCCUGUUUCACCGUGCUGCUGAGAAGCUGCAGGUGGACUGGCCCUCUCCUCCGCCAGCUCAGAAGCCGUCGCGGUUCGCGGGUUUUUUCCUCCCACCGGAGCCCGCAACGGCCAAAAACUGCCUUCCCAUGUUCCCAGACUUUCUCUGCGAGCUAACAGCAUCAUGGGACAAACCUCUGUCUACCCGCGUCACUGUGCCCGGCUAUGGACAGUACAUGGAGUUGGACGGCGCCGAGGGGGCUGGCUUAGCUAACCCACCCCCUAUGGAGCCGUCUCUGGCUGCUUAUCUGGCCCCGUCCCAUAACCAUGGUGUCGGCGGCCCCGCAACUCUGCCAUCCAAGCACUGCAGAUUCUCUGCUUCGCAGCUGGAGAAGAUUUAUCGGGCUCAGGCCGGCACUGCUCGCGCCAUGAGCUCCGUCACCAUGCUCCAGACGUACCAGGCAAUGUGCCUGGCAGAGCUCGGAUUGCUGGUUCCUGAUGCCAGCCCGCUGGCACCUCUUCUUAACGAGGUCAGAGUCGCCACAGAUUACAUCCUCCGUGCGUCUCGCUGUGCAGCGCUCUCCCUGGGCAGAGGGAUGGCUUCGACAGUAGUGGCGCAGAGGCACCUGUGGCUGACCCUCUCUGACGUCCCGGAUAGGGACAGAGCUGUAUAUCUGGACGCACCAGUGUCUGCGGCUGAGUUAUUCGGACAUUCACUUGAAGCCAUUCAGGCUAGAUUCAAUCUGAGGAAGAAGCAGACGGAAGCUCUGCGCGACAUCAUCCCCAGACGUCAGCCCAAGCCCAAGCCCGCAGCUAGCUCUCACAGGCCCGCCGCUCCUCUGCCGACUGGCAAGAGACCGGCGCCCACUGCUGAAGUGGGUGCGCCGCCAGCGAGAGCACAUCCUCCGGCCCGAGCUCCACGCCAGUCGGCCUGGAGCAGAGGCCCACCCUCGGGCCCCGGCGGGACCCGACGCCCAGGAGGAAGAAGCCUCAGCCCUCCUAGCUGUGGUUUCGAGUGGAGAAGGGGUCCAGCAGCAGGGAGACGCUGCUUUUACCCCUCUGUUGCCGCCCAAGAGGUGCCGCUUAAGUUCUGUUCAGGUUGUCAGCCCCAGAAGGCGCUGCACUUUCCUAACACAGUCUCCCAAGCACAAAACCCCUGCACACAAAAUGCCUCAGGUAACUCCCUGUUCAGGUGUGUUAAAUGUUCAGGUGACCACAUCAAGUGUUCCCACUGUUUUUCUUUGUUGUGCCCCAGAAAAGGUGCCUCCAACAAAAUGUAUGAAUGUACAUGUUCCCAUGUUACAAUCAAUAAAGAGUGUUGUUUAUUCUCAAACAAUCACACUGGUGAGAGAAUGGAGGUUACACCCUUUAAUAGUGGCUCAGAUUUGGGAUCUAUUUGGCAAGGCGCAAAUAGAUCUUUUUGCUUCCAGGGUAAAUACUCACUGCCCCCUGUUCUUCUCCAUAAUCGACCACGAUGCACCCUUGGGCUUGGACGCGCUAGCGCACCAAUGGCCAGACGUGCUCCUGUAUGCAUUUCCCCCAGUGGAAAUGAUAUCUCCAGUUCUAGAGAGAGUGCGUCGGCAUUCCCUCUCUCUGAUUCUAGUGGCCCCUUGGUGGCCCACAAGGUCGUGGUAUGCAGAGAUAAUCAGCCUGCUAGCAGCGAGUCCUUGGCAGCUUCCUCUCCGCAGGGAUCUCCUCUCUCAGGCGGGAGGAGAAGUGUUUCAUCCGCGCCCAGAUCUGUGGCGCCUUCAUGCUUACCUGCUGAGAGGCUAAACUUGAUUGCUAAGGGUUUGCCACCCAGUGUGAUAGCGACAAUCCAGAGCGCUAGGGCCUCAUCUACUAGAGGCUUGUACGCUUACAAAUGGCGAGCCUUCGAGCAAUGGUGCCAGGACCGCCACACUCUCCCAUUUCAGUGCUCUAUUGUGGAUGUUUUGACAUUCCUGCAGGAGCUGCUGGAUAAGGGCCUUUCAUUUUCAACAAUUAAGGUUUAUUUAGCAGCUAUAUCUGCUUGUCAUAUUGGCUUUGACGGGGUGACACCAGGUGCACAUCCCCUCGCCAUACGUUUUCUGAAAGGGGUUCGCCGGCUGAGACCCGUGCUUAAGUCCAGUGUCCCUGCUUGGCACUUGUCUUUGGUGCUGGAGGCCCUUUGUAGCCCCCCGUUUGAACCCAUCGAGUCUGUGGAUAUGAAAUUUCUUUCAUAUAAGACUGCACUACUUCUCGCUUUGGCUUCGGCAAAGCGAAUGGGUGACCUUCAUGCGCUGUCCGUGCAUCCCGCCUGCACACAGUUUUCUCCUGAUGGCCACAAGGUCGUAUUGCGUCCAAAUGCUGCCUAUUUUCCCAAGAUCAUGCCUGCAUCUUAUAGCUCAAUGGAGUUUGAGUUGCUGAGCUUUUGCUCCCCUCCUUUUGCAUCUGAGGAGCAGAGGAGGAUGCAUUCUCUUUGUCCAGUGCGUGUGCUACGCACCUACAUUGAGCGCACUCAGAAUGUGCGUUUAUGUGACCAGCUGUUUGUCUGCUUCGCCAAUCCAAAUAGAGGUAGAGCUCUGUCCAAACAGAGGCUGUCCCACUGGAUUAUAGAAGCUAUCUCACUGGCAUACGGUACCAGAGGUCUUGCUUUGCCCCACGGGGUGAGAGCUCAUUCCACCAGGGGGAUGGCAACCUCAUGGGCUCUUUUUAAAGGGGUGCCUGUAGCUGAUAUUUGUGCGGCAGCUAGUUGGGCAUCACCGCACACUUUUGUGCAGUUCUAUCGGUUGGACGUUACAGCCCCUUCGGUGGCUCAUACUGUCCUUUCUGCUGGGUCUACCACUCACUAAGGAAGUGGUGGCCCGAUUCCGGUUCGGUGGCUGCUCUGCGGGGCGUGUAUAUAUGUCCCAUACUUAUGUGUUGUACCGAGUGAAUCGACUGAAAGGGAACGAAUAGUUAUGUCUAUAACUUCUGUUCCCUGAAGGAGAGGAACGAGGUACAACACAAGGUGGCCCCACUGAGCAGUUUGGCUCGGUGAAGAGCGGCUAUCGAACUGAGGGAUGACCGUGAUGACAGCGGCUAUAUGUGCAGGCGGGGCCGUGCACGUGUCAUCACACGUCAUCUGCCUUAAAGGCGUGAAUAAAGGUUUCUUCAGCCAGGACACGCGAGGGCGUGAU